CCGGAUCUGGAAUCAGAUCGAAAACCCGUUUGACAGAGCCCUGGUUUUAAAUGAAUUAAAACCUAAAUGCUGGCUUCAUUGUUUGGGACCGGAAGUUUCCGGGUCUUCCUCAAGGCCAAAAACCUCUUGCAGGUGGCUAUCAAAAAGUCUAGCCACAUCCAAAAUUCGGCGGUGGCCAAUAAAUCCGGCACUAUGGCAGAGGUCAAGAAGGAGAUGUUGAAGCGUUUUGGCUUACAACCUGGCUAUAUCCGGGAGCCAAAAUCUAGAGAAAAGCUCCUUGAGUUCCAACCCAAGAUGGAGGACCUACCAGCAAGAUCUAUGCAGGAUUCCUUUACUUAUGCCAUUAUCCCUUUGAGCACGGAUCCCGUGUUGCAGGACAUGUACAUCAAUUUCAUGGGCUUCGUGCGCCUUGGCAGGCUCCUGGAGGACAUGGACUUCUUUGCUGCUUGGUGCUGCCACCAGCACCUGAAACUGCCCAAUCUUCCGGAGGGAGUGCCUCUGCCCUACUCCAUAGUGACCAUCCUGGUGGACCGCAUCGAUUUCACCAAUGUCCAGGCAUCGGGCACCCAGGACAUCCGUCUAUCUGGUCACGUCUCCUGGGUGGGCACCAGUUCCAUGGAGGUGGUGGUGUGGCUGGAGCAGAUGGUCGAUGAAGAGUACCAAAAGCUCACCCGGGCUUUGUUUCUGAUGGGGGCCAGGAACGCCACCAAUACGGGAGCAGCCCCUGUGAAUCCCAUACAGCCGGCCAAUGAGGAGGAGCAGGUGAUCCUGGCGGGCGGCGCAGAUAGAAAGAAGCAACGUCAGGUGCUUAGUGCCCAGUCCGUCUUCAAGGUGGAACCCAAUGCCCAGGAAGAGUCGCUGAUGUACGAUCUCUACAAGAGGACCACUCCACGCCACACUUUGGAGCUGAACAAGCGCAUUCUGCCGCCCAACUGCCGCUGGAUGGAGGACUCCUUCCAGAUGAGCACGAUUCUCUCGUUUCCGGAACACAGGAAUAACCACAACCGGGUCUUCGGUGGGUUCCUUAUGCGAAGUGCCCUAGAGAUUAGCUGGACAGCCGCUUUUCUCUUCUGCAAGAGUCGACCCAAACUGAAGCACAUUUCGGACGUUAGUUUCGUGAAGCCCAUAAGCGUGGAUAGCUUUAUCAGGAUGACCGCCUACGUGGUGUACACCAAGCUGAACUGCAUCCAAAUUAUGACCGUUGCUGAUGUGCUGGACGCGCACACGGGCAACCAGGUGACCACCAACGUGUUCAACUACACUUUCUCGGCUCCGGAUACGGUCUCUGAGGUGCUACCUCGAUCCUACAACGAGACCAUGUGGUAUAUCCAUGGCCGCCGGAAGUUUAAAGCCAGCAGGGAUUUAAAUUCAUAAAAUUAACAGUCAAAUUAGUUUAAAUUUAAAAUAAUAAAGAGCUAAUGUAUGAAUUUUGUAUAAGUUUCAAGAAA